AUGCCUUGCCCAGUCUUCCUUUCGAUUCCUUCCCUGACCUACAACCAGCGCAUCUCAAACUCUCCGCCGUCUACGACCGCCCUAUUGCCUAUCUUUUCAGAGAUACUAAAUCUCCUCUCUACGCUUUCAAUCUCACAAGCCGCUUUUAAAGGCCCUUACCGACCAAAGGCCGAGUUUAUGUCCAUCGAAAACCUCAAGACCUUCGACCCCUUCGCCGAAGCCGACGAAGACACCGGCGAGACUAAACAGUCUCAGAACUACAUCCAUAUACGCAUUCAGCAGCGCAAUGGUCGUAAGACUCUGACUACUGUCCAGGGACUUCCCAAGAAGUUUGACCAGAAGAAGAUCCUGAAGGUCAUCAAGAAGAAGUUCGCUUGCAAUGGCACCAUCGUCACCGACACCGAGAUGGGUGAGGUGAUUCAGCUUCAAGGAGAUCAGCGUAAGGAUGUUCAGGAAUUCUUGACCGACAAGAAAGAAGGCCUCGAGCUGGAUGCAAAGACCAUUAAGGUCCACGGGUUCUAA